AUGAGCUCGACAGAAAAGGACCAACAUGGAGCGAGAAGUCAGCGCUCUCAGGAGGCCGACAAACCUCACAGAAAAAAGGGAGAGAAAACAUACACCUGUGAUGAGUGUGGGAAAGAUUUCACUUUCAAGUGUAACCUGAAACGGCAUCAGGUCAUCCACACUGGAGAGAGACCGUUCAGCUGUGACUUGUGUGGAAAGUCUUUUACCAGGAAGGGUUCCCUAAAAAAACACCAACUCAUUGACAGUAGAGUUAAAGCGUACAGCUGUGAUCAGUGUGGCAGAGCUUUUAAUCGCGGUACCCACUUACAGAGGCAUCUAGUUACCCACUCUGGAAUUAAGGCGUACAGCUGUGACAUUUGUGGAAAAACUUUCAGCCGGAUAGACAGCCGAAAUACACACCUACGCAUUCACACCGGACAUGAUGUGUACUGCUGUGAUCAGUGUGGCAAACACUUUGCUACAGACACAGAUCUACAACGUCACAUGUUUACCCACUCUGAGGAGAGACCUUAUAAAUGUGACCUGUGUGAGAAGACUUUUAAAGGUCCACAUUACCUGAAAGCACACCAACAGAUCCACACCAGAAAGACUCUACAAGUGCAGUUACUGUGAGGUAUGUAUUUAUAUUUGUAUCUUGUCAUUUUUAGCCUGACUGUUUGGAACAACUCUGCUCAUUAAACUGUGUAAGCAUGUUAGCAAUUCUACUGCAUGGAAAUACAGCUCUGAGUGAUUAUUCAGAUUUGGAUCCCAGGUUUUUUGUGAUGUUUGAGAAUUAUAUUACUGUUAUUGUAGUAUUAAUUUAGUAUUAUUAUAGUACUGUUGUGUUACUAUUAUAGUUUUUGUAGCACAUUAAACUGAGCUGAGAGUGAUAAUGUAAACAGUAAAAUGUAAUUGGACGUCUGCAGAGAUGCUCUUUAUUUCAGGCGACAUUCAGGAUAAAA